UCAAGCAGCUGUUUGUCAAAUAACAAGCAGGCGCAGUGGUCGCGUUUGAUGUUUAUGUUUCGCCUUGAGUAAUUAAAACAGCAAUGUGAACAUCACUAAAAAAACCAUAACGACACACUAACAUAUUUUCCUAAUCAUAAUGGAGCAGCUAGCGCAGGAUCUCACUGUGGCCCUUGAAGAAUCGGAAUCGUGCGGGCCGAUUGCGCUGCAGCCCGGUAGAAAAUGGGGCAUGCGGAGGCGCACAAGAUCCGCAGGCAAUUUGCAUAUCUGUGUGAAAUCAUGUGAUAACAGAUCUGAGGACAGCACAAGCAGUAAUUCCGAAGUGCGAGCCUGGGACCAAGUUGCCGCCGGUGGUAACGGCAGUGUUCAUCAUUCAGACUCAGAUGACAUGUCUGUGAACUUUCAAAUUCCACAAUGCAGUGCAGUCCCACAGAAAUCUCAAUCAAUGAAGCUGAAAAACACAAUUCAUCCUUUUAUUAGAGGCAGGUAUAGAAAACUUGGCAUGAGUCACAGUUUGGAAAGUGAUUCCUUCAAUGAGCACUCUCCGGCGAGGCCAAGCAUUCGCCGCAAAAGAAAACUCAAGAGAAUGAGCGUAGAUGAAACUCCAGUUCCGCCUGUAGGUAAACGCAAACGGCCUCAACGCGUCGACAUAGAAGGCCAUCGCGGACACAAAGACAAUGCAAUCAAACCGCUGCAUCAGAGCGUGCUGGACAAGCUUGAAAAGUUUUGCCAACCUCUCGAUCCUCAUGAUGUUGAUUGCGAUCGAAUGGAAACUCAAUGCGUGAAUGACUCCUGUGAAUUAGCGAGUGAAUCUUCUUUAAGUUGGAGUGGCGGUGAAGGUCACGAAGGUGAUGAUGAAUUGACUGAUUGGGCCCCAUCCCAGGACCCGACUGGAGUGGUUGAUCAGCCAUCUUGGAGCGAAAUGGAAGCGCGUGAAUUUCGCUCUGGUUGUAGACGUGUACGUGAAGAACGUCCAGGUUUCAGCAUUAAUACAAAUGCUAACGAACGUGUUGCAAGGUUUCUCCAGGACGCAACACGUUCUGAAUUGAGAUUAUGCGGCACAGAACGUGAAAAACUCCAUCAAUUAGCUGCGUUGUAUUCGUUGGAGUUGUGGUUUGACGGGCCGACAUCUUCGUUAUUGCGGAAAACUAAUCGUACGCCGUGUAUGCAACCAACUCAACGCCAUCACAGCGGCCACACUGCCGGACACAAACGCAUUCGAACUCAAGAUCAUGUUAUCACUUAAAUCUGAUGAAAAUAUUUAUAAUUUUUGCUUUAUUGUGAUUGUAUUCGAUUGAGUUUAAUUAAUUGAGUUUAUUAUAAGCUUAAGGUAAGUUACUUUUGAGGUGUGUAGGACGAAAUGACAAAGCAAUAGAUUUUAUGUACUGGCUGA